UAGUUGCGUUGUUGUCACCGCUCGUAGCAGUUCACUAGCGAUUAACUCGUAUAGUUGCUUACUGCAGCUGUUGCUUGUCUCCUCUUGCUGCAGUGCCAUUGAACUGUUUGUUGUAACUUGAAAGUUCAUAUGUAAAUGUGUGAUUUGUUUUCAUUACAAAAAAAAAUUUAACUCAAAUAGAUAAGUUGAAUUAAAACUGGACUCGCGACUGCAUUGACAUUUAAAAAAUCAACAUAAAUUGGCAUUAAUUGAGGCGCGCAACACGAAAGCCAACAACGUUGGGAAAUUAAGUGUGUUUCUAAAAAGUGCAUUUCGAAAGGAUUUCAUACCGUGUUGGGUCUAUAGCAGCAUAUUAAGGCAUAAUGUUGUCCAAAAGUUCUUUUGUCCAAACGGCGCGCUUGAUGUGCCAGGGCCUUCAACAACGUACCACCACAACAUUACAUUCAAAGGCUUCACCAGCCAUUAUGCCGGAAAUACAAAGUGAAAUACCCGAAUGUGACUAUCAACCACAACAAUAUACGGGACCAAGUUACGAAAAAGUACUGGAGAUACGUCAGAAGCAUAUUACGCCGAACAUUGUGCCACAUUUCAAGAAACCGCUACUGAUACACAACGGACAUAUGCAAUGGCUGUUCGACCACGAAGGCCGUCGUUACUUGGAUAUGUUUGGCGGCAUUGUGACAGUAUCAGUGGGUCACUGUCAUCCCAAAGUAAACCGCGCGCUGGAGCAACAGAUUAACACACUGUGGCAUACGACAAACAUUUACUUGCAUCCUAAGAUACAUGAAUAUGCCGAACGUUUGGCGGCUAAGUUCCCCGGCGAGCUUAAAGCGGUAUGCUUUGUUAACUCCGGCUCUGAGGCUAACGAUCUUGCAAUGCUUAUGGCGCGUAUGCACACAGGCAAUCAGGAUAUUAUCACUUUUCGUAACGCCUAUCACGGUAUGUCGCCGUACACCAUGGGUUUGACGGCGCUCUCAACAUGGCGUUUUCCGCUACCUGGCGUCAAUAGCGGCAUUCAGCAUGUCAUGAACCCAGAUCCGUAUUUGGGUCUUUGGGGCGGUGCAGCCUGUCGCGAUUCGCCCAUACAAACGGAUCGCAAGUGCGACUGCACGCAAGAAACCGGCUGCUUGGCUGGCGCGCGGUACUAUGAACAAUUAGAGGAAGUUUUCAAGUACUCAUUGCCGCGUGGACGUGUCGCCGCUAUGUUUGCCGAGUCCAUACAAGGCGUAGGCGGCACCGUGCAAUAUCCGAAAGGUUAUAUUAAGAAGGCGGCUGCGUUGGUGCGCGCCAAUGGCGGUGUGUUCAUCGCUGACGAAGUACAAACCGGUUUUGGACGCACUGGCGAUCACUUCUGGGGAUUUGAGAGUCAUGACUUCAUACCGGACAUUGUCACAAUGGCGAAAGGUAUCGGCAAUGGCUUCCCUCUAGCCGCUGUGGUGACUACACCCAAGAUUGCCGCAUCGCUUGGACAAGCGCUGCACUUCAAUACCUAUGGCGGCAAUCCGUUGGCCAGCGCUGUUGGGCUCUCUGUGCUCGAUGUUAUCGAGGAGGAGAAACUACAGAAGAACUCUUUGGUAGUGGGUACUUACUUCCUCAAGUGUUUAGCGGAAUUGCGCGAACGUUUCGAGAUUAUCGGCGAUGUGCGCGGCAAAGGUUUGAUGAUAGGCGUUGAGUUGGUAUCCGAUCGUGCUAUAAGAACGCCACUUAGCGCGCCGCAUGUAUUGGAAAUAUGGGAGGCCUGCAAGGAUAUGGGUGUGCUCUUUGGACGUGGCGGUCUAAAUGGCAAUGUGCUCAGCAUUUGUCCACCACUUUGCGUCACCUAUAACGAUGUGGACUUGGCAUUGACUGUCAUCGAGACAGUAUGCAAACAGCAUCUGGAGAAAAGAUUACGCAAUUGGCGUAGAAAUGUUUGAAGAGUAUAUGCAAAGGCUCAGCAUGAAAUAUAAUUCCACAAGCAGUCAGUGCGGCGUUACCGAAGACACAGAAGAGAAAUGCACAAAUAUUCGGAGCAGGAGUGAUACUCCAAAAGAGUAAGAUCUAAGCUGAUUUUACAUGCAUAAACUGACAUUUGUAGGUAUAUGCAUUGAGUAAAUUAUACUAUGUAUGUAUAUAUAAUGUGAGAUUAGAAAAUUGUUCAAAACUAAAACUUCGAAUAAUAAAAAUAUACGCAACAUAGUUUUAUAUAAAACAAUUAUUUAUGAUAAUAUAAAAUAUUAUAUAUUUUUUUAAAUUUUUUACGUAAAAAAUUUUACGCAUUUUUGCUAUUGAGAAACAAAGGUGUUGCCAUAACAUUCAUUAAAAUUAAAAAAAUAUAUAUAUAUUUACUCAUAUAAUAUAUAUUUUACGACUUGCUCGCAGUUACCUAACAGCUUUUAAUUUUUUUUUUUUAUUUAAGAUUUAUUUUCUAAUAACAACUAUUGUCGAAAUUUGAUUAUAAAUAAAUAUUAUGUUGUGCAUAUGUAAUUGUUGUUUAGAAAUAUAUAUAUUUUUAUUAGGCUGACAAGAUUUCACAUUUAUUUCUACCAAUUCUACAACUUAGAAUAUAAAACAUUUACAUACGAAUAUAUGUAUUAUAUAUUCCAUUACAAAAAUGCUUUAAAAAUCUAACAACAGCUUAGACCUUGACUAAACACUUUCCAUAUAAAUAUUCAUAAUAAUUAAUCUUACAUAUUUACACAUAUACAUAUAUAUGUAUGUUGAUAUGCAACUGCAACUAUGCGCAUUUUUCAAUUUUGGCAGCUAAGAAAACCAUUAACUAAGUAAGAAAAAAUGCAAAUGCAGGAAAUUAUAAAAAAUAUAUAUAUUUUAAACUGUUUUUCAAAGAGCAGAAAAUGCUCAAAUCAUAUUGUAACGGUUUAUAUAAGUUAUAGGCACAGUUUGGUUAUUUUUCCAUAAACUCAGACUGUUUUUUAGAGAUAGCAUACAAGCGAGUGUGACAGUUUUCAAAUUAAAAAAAGUAUUCAAAUUCAAACAAAUAUUUAGAAUAUAUUUAAAUGCUACUUAUUUUUUAAAUACGAAGUUGAUUGUAAAAAUUGCAAUCAAAAAUUUGAAAAAUAUUUUUUAAUUUAAAAUAUGCAUAUCAAUAGUUAAACGUAAUGUAUUAAGAAUAAUUAUUUCGCUAAUACUUGUCUUUAAUGCAUAUAUAUACUGCUAAAACAUAUACAUAUAUGUGCAAUUUUUUUAUUUAUAAUAUUAUAGUACGCAUUUUUACAAAUACACAAUAUUAAUUUGGCUUUACUUCGAAAUGUACAAAAUAUAUAAAUUUUUUUUCUUCUAAUUAUAUAUUUCUUUUUGUAUAAUAUAACAUUUUUUGUCAGAAUGUUUUUACGAACUAAAGGUAAACAAAUUAUACAUGAAUAAUUUUCUUUUCAAAAUAAGAGAGCAAUUUUGUUUUUUUUUUUAUAAAAUAGUCUUUCAUUUGUAUAUAAUAGUGAGCGUUUAACGUUUACACAAACGUUUGCAGGAAGUAUGUAAUAGUCAUAAGCUAAGGCUGGCAAUAGCCAGCCUUGGUUUUCGAGCUUGAUUUGAGCAUUUAAAGUUUAUUCAUAUUGCAAAGUGAAUACAGCUCGACGUCGCUAGAAGCGCGCACUAACGUGCACGGUUUGUACUUGAAAUGGUACAUCAAUCACACAUCGAUUUCGAUCAGUUUGCCAUCGUUGCUGACGUCGGAGAGUAGCGUUUGCGCCAAUUCCUUGCGCGCCUUUUGUAUAACCCAAACCAUAAGCGCAACACCGCAA